AAUAGCUACGCUGAUUUCUCAUCCAUUUCUUGUUCCACACCUAUGUGUAUAUAUGCAUGUACAGAUGCAUGUAGGGGCGGUAUGUCUCCCGUACGUUUCAAUUCCACUCAGAAAAAAAAUGGAGAAAUGGCGGGUUUUUUCCAUCUUCAUCUUCUUCUUAUACUUUCCUCAAGUACUCCUCGUACAGUUACACGCAUCGGAGGAGUAUGCCCGUCAAGCUCCUCGGCCGAUCAUCGUUAAUACCGGCCAUCACGACCGAUCAGAAUCUGACCCUCAGCAGGUUCACAUAUCACUAGUCGGGAAGGACUACAUGAGGGUGUCAUUUGUUACCUCCGACAAACAAGUGCCGUCGACAGUGGAAUACGGUAAGACGCCGGGAAGUUAUGAAGCAUCGGCCACCGGAGAACACACACAGUAUACCUUGUUCACCUACACAUCCGGUAAGAUCCACCACGUUGUAAUAGGCCCGUUGGAGCCCCGAACAACUUAUUACUACAGGUGUGGUGGUUCAGGCCCUGAAUUCAGCUUCAGGACACCUACUUCUACCUUGCCAAUUGAGUUUGCUGUUGCUGGAGACCUAGGGCAAACUGAAUGGACUGCAUCAACCCUAGCACACAUCGGCGCAAUGGACUACGACGUACUUCUACUACCCGGUGAUCUAUCUUACGCCGAUUUGCUACAACACCGCUGGGACUCUUUCGGGCGGAUAGUUGAGCCCUACGCGAGUAAACGGCCGUGGAUGGUGACACACGGCAACCACGACGUCGAGUCCAUCUUAUCAUACCCCGAAGCCUUCAAAGCCUACAACGCAAGGUGGCCGAUGCCGUACCAACAGAGCGGGUCUACGUCAAACUUGUAUUAUUCCUUUGAUGUCGUUGGGACACACAUUAUCAUGUUGGGCUCGUACACUGAUUUCGAUCCCGAAUCGGAUCAAUACAAGUGGCUUUUUGCUGAUUUGGCAAAAGUCGAUAGGUCCGUGACACCGUGGCUCAUUGCUUUGCUUCAUACGCCGUGGUAUAAUACUAAUAAGGCGCAUAAAGGUAGCGGCGAAAGUAUGAGGAAAGCUAUGGAGGAAAUGCUGUACAAGGCUCGGGUUGACGUGGUUUAUGCUGGUCAUGUUCAUGCAUAUGAACGAUUUACUAGGGUUUAUGACAAGAAGGAAGAUCCAUGUGGUCCGGUAUAUGUGACCAUCGGCGAUGGAGGGAACAGAGAAGGGCUUGCUAUGUCGUAUGAGAAGCCGAGCCCUUCAAUAUCACUUUACCGAGAGCCAAGCUUUGGGCACGGGCGGCUGAGGAUUGUGAACAACACGCAUGCCUACUGGUCAUGGCACCGUAACAAUGAAUCGGACUCCAACGUGGGCGACGAGCUGUGGUUAGAAUCCCUGAGCUCGUCCAGUGCUUGCGUGCAAACUUCGAAUGGGCAAGAAUCGCCAUCGAAGUUUGUUAACGAUGAACUGUGAGCUUGGAAAGAGAUUCGCAAGCAAACGGAUCAGUCCUCUGAUUUGGUUCAUAAGCUCGGAAAAUUUGAAUUCGCAAUCAUCAUCGUAUCUGUAAUCUUUGAAUUUGGUAUAGAAUAAUAGGGGUACGGUAAUACUACUAGCUAGUAGACUGAAGUACAUGUAGUUUUCUAUCAGAAUGAACAUUAUUGAAGUACAAGUAGCUUGAUUCGUUUAACGUCUAUAGAAAUAACAAUUCUUGUG